AGGCGCGCCCGGCGGAGAGACCGGGAGGCGGGAGUGGUGGCGGGACCGGGCGGGGCCCAAGGCGCGGUGGGCAGAGGUCGCGGCAGAGCCAGACCGGCCCGGCGGGAGCUGCGGGCAGGCGGCAGCCAUGGAGGCGCUGGGGGGAGCACCUGUAGCCGUCGCCGUGGCCGUGGUGGCGGCCUCGGCCCUGCUGCUGCUGCUGCUCCGGGGGAGCGGGCGGAGGAUGAGCGGCCCCGUCACCCUGCAGGACCCGCUCGUCAAGUACCCACUGCGACUGCUGGACAAGGAGGAAAUCAGUCAUGAUACUAAGAAAUUCCGAUUUGGGCUACCCUCCGCUGAUCAUAUAUUAGGGUUACCUGUAGGCCAACAUGUUUACCUUUCUGCAAAAAUCGAUGGCAGUCUGGUGAUUCGAGCCUAUACCCCAGUUUCCACUGAUGAGACAAAAGGUUAUGUUGAUUUAAUUAUAAAGGUCUACCACAAAAAUGUGAAUCCCAAGUUUCCAGAAGGUGGGAAGAUGUCCCAGUACCUAAAUGGCAUGAAGAUUGGAGAUACUAUUGAUUUCAGAGGGCCAAAUGGACUCCUUGUGUAUAAGGGGGCAGGUACCUUUCUUAUCAAGCCUAACAAGAAGUCUGAAGCAGAGAAAAAAUUUGCAACACAUCUUGGGAUGAUAGCUGGAGGAACAGGAAUAACUCCGAUGUUGCAGCUGAUUCGUCAGAUCACAAAUGACCCGAAGGACUCCACAAAAUGUUACCUUCUUUUUGCCAAUCAGACAGAAAGUGAUAUAUUGCUGAGAGCUGAGCUAGAAGAUAUUGCAAAGAGGCAUCCUGAGCAGUUUGUGCUGUGGUACACACUGGACAGACCUCCUCAAGACUGGAAGUACAGUUCUGGCUUUGUCACUGCAGACAUGAUGAAAGCCCACCUCCCUCCUCCAAGCAGUGAGACUCUCAUUCUCAUGUGUGGGCCACCUCCAAUGAUUCAGUUUGCCUGUCAGCCCAACUUGGACAAGCUUGGCUAUCCCAAGAGCAGCACAUUUGCUUAUUAACACAGAUGCCAUCUGAUACCUUUUUGUCUUCAGACUUUUGCCCUGCCUGCCCAUUAAUACCAUAACUCCUCCAUCACAAUCAGCGAGAAGUUUUCUGACUUCAGUGAAAACAGAAUGAAACUAGGAAUAAAUGUCUUUGAAAGAAAUCCCAUCUGAAUGCCAAUACAGCAAAGGCUGUUACUUCAUUUCAGUACUGCACAUAAGGAAUUCAAACUGGAUGGCCACUGGGUGUUAGCAUUUCAUAGAGAAAGGGAGGGGAAAAAAAGAAAAAGAAAAAGUAAGCAGCAAAACUCGUGUUAAAGGUGCAUCUUUUUUGGAUACAGUACCUAGCACUGGUGCACUGACACUCCUGAUGCGAUCUUCAGUCAUCCCAAGAAGCAGAAAGCCAGAUGAAGAAGCGAAGAAGAUAUAAAACACCAGCAAAAUAAAGUUACAGAAGAGCAAAGUAGUAAGCUAAGCAUUAAAAGCAGGAACAAAAAGAAAAGAAGCAGUUAUGCUUGACAUGAAAGUGAAUAUGCACUGGUGUGCACAAGCCCGAAGAAUUCUGUACAGAUCAUCCUGAAUAGAUAGGGAUGAUCGAUUAUCUGUUUUGGGUUUUGGUUUUGUUUUUUUUUUUUAAUUUGCCAGUUUAAACACAUUAAGCAUAUACUACAGAGUUCCACAAAGCCUGCAGAGUAUCUGAAAUGAAGCAAUGUCUAAGAUUACAUCAAACUCCUCUGAAAUACAGAAUUGGAAGUGGACUGAGUUUACUGCACAAGAAACAAACCAGUCUGCACAAAAAAUUCUCUUUAACUCAGUGUAUUUAAGAAGCCAUUGCUUGUUGCUAGAAAAAGAACAAUUUCCUUUAUAAGCUCACCUCAUGACUAUUAAACUGUAGAAAUACCGCAGAAUCACAAGGGAUACUCUCAUGUCUGAGCUUCCCAAGCUCUUUAAUCCUUGGGAAAUAGCUAGUUCUGUGCCUCACUGUAAUACUUUUUGUCAAUAAAUCUGUGCUUAAGGUGUCACUGAAAAGGAAUUAUUACAGGCUUCUACAGGACCAUGGUUGUGGAAUAACAAUACAUUUGUAGUUCCAAAAUCCACGGGUGUUUUUCUGUAUGUAGCAAGUUAAAUUUUUUUCACUUGUGGAUCCCCACAAGCUACAGUGACCAACAGUGCUGAAUAAAAGGAUUUUCAUUUGAAAUGUG